AAUUGUCGAAACUUCUUCGUUGAGCCAAGUCAUCAAUCGGAUCACACGUCAUUGAUCCCCCGCAAGCUUCCCACUCCUGCUACUACUCAUGUCUGACAAGGUCAAAUCCUCCCGGCUGACAUUCAAAGGAGAGAAGGUCAAGAAGAAACGCAAACGAGAGCACGAUGAGGAGGGUGAAGAAGCGGGCACCAGCAGUCGACGUCGGUCUACGAAACGGAGAGAGGACGAGCCUGACCCCGAAACAUGGGUGCUUCCUGAAAAGCCCGAGGAAAUUAGAGGCCCAACGUUCAUUGUGCACCCCUCCGACCCUUCUCCGAUAUGUGUAACCUACAACUCCACGUCAAAUCGCGUCGUCCUCUCCAGUCUCGACAAGUUUCGCACGGAGGACUCUGACGGGGAACCUCCCAGUCUUUUGGCUCGCACGCCGACAGAUGUAUCGCAGGUCUGGGUCGUCACUCGCAUAGCUGGGUCUCUGACCGUGAACUUGCGGACUGGUACUGGGGAAGGCAAAUUCUUAUCCAGUGACGCUCACGGGCUCAUAUCGUCGGAUCGGGAUGCGCGUGGUCCGCAAGAGGAGUGGACACCUGUGGUACUUCCAGACGGCAUGGUCGCGUUCAUGAACGUGUAUGAAAAGUAUCUGAGCGUCGACGAAGUGGCAGGCGGUUCCAUGGUGUUGCGUGGAGACAGCGAAGAGGUCGGGUUUCGAGAACGUUUCUGGGUCAAGAUCCAGUAUAAGUUCAAGAAGGAAGCCCACGAAGAAGAGAAACAGAAGAAUCUCAGGGAUAGUGGUGACCCAUUGAAUAUUGAUGAAACUGGGACGAAUAAAAUCUAUCAAGCCUGGGGGAUGGGGCGAAGUGUGGUGUCACAUAGUGACAAGCAAGACCUGAAGCGUGCCAAGAAGGAAGGUCGAUUAGCGGAGGCUCUGUUAGAUCGGCGGAUGAAACUAAAGAGGUGCAGUCGAGCAUUCGUUCCCGGGAUCGCAGCUGACCAGUAUUCAGUGACCGCUUUUGCUGAAUAUGUACGUUAG